AAUCUCGCGCCUCCUUUGACGACCCCGCUAUAAUUGGCUCGCUGCCAUGUCGGGCACUCCUCGGGAUCUCAAACUGCGUGGCCCCAAGCAACUCUUUGUUGUCAGCUACACGGAUACCGAACUAACCAUUAAAAAAACCAGCAAGUCAAUACUCUAACCUGUGAUAACGAACUGCUCACGUUCCAAACUCCAGAAAAGUCGAUCCAAAUACCUAUCCGCCAGAUACUGGAUGUGAAGCGCACGGGGCCCACCGUCGAGCUGACGUUCGUGCACCGGAGGAAGAACGGUUCCAUGUUUCUGGACACACUCUCGGGGGCCGCCGAGGACGUCGAGAAUGAUGUGCUUGAUGCAUGGAUGGACACCCUCCUGCACCUGGCAUACCACGGCAUCAAGCGCGGGAGGCGUAUCAAAGUUCUUGUGAAUCCUCACAGCGGCACUAAAAAGGGCGCUGCGCUGUUCAAGCGAGUGAUCGAGCCGGUGCUCCUCGCCGGCCAUUGCACCAUUGACGUCACGUACACCAACGGCCGGAACCAUGGGUAUGAGAUUGCGCAGUCUAUUUCUCUCGACUUCGAUGCAGUCGCCAUCGUCUCGGGGGACGGACUGGUGCACGAAGUGUUGAACGGAUUUGCGCACCACGCGCAGCCGCGCAAGGCUUUUGGGAUCCCCUUGGUCCCGAUUCCCGCAGGCACUGGAAACGGGCUCUCGUUGAACAUCCUGGGUUUCCAGGACGGCUUUGACAUCGUCGCAUCGGCUCUGAAUGCGGUGAAAGGCGUUUCGAUGAAGGUCGACCUGUUCUCCAUGGUGCAAAACGGGAAACGAACGAUCUCGUUCAUGUCGCAAGCCAUCGGUCUGAUUGCCGACCUCGAUAUCGGCACGGAAGACUUGCGCUGGAUGGGCGACGCGCGCUUCACCUACGGUCUGUUGCGUGGACUGAUCCGUUUCAAGCCGUGUCCCGUGAAAUUAUCGUACAAGGCGGCCGAGUUGGACAAAGACAAGAUGUACGAUAGCAUGAAGCGAUCGCGCCAAAACGUCGGCGUCCCUGCUGAGGAAAGCGAAGUGAUCGAGGAUACUGCACUGCCUCCUCUCCAGUACAGUGAAAGCAAGGACGGCUGGACAGAUGUGGAAAGCCCGUUGCUGUAUGUGUAUGCAGGGAAGGGCCCUUAUGUUGGGCGGGAUUUCAUGGCGUUCCCCGUCUCUCUGCCGGAUGACGGCCUGAUUGACAUCGUGGUGCAGCCCUUGGGCCAUACAUCGAGAUCUGACAUCCUGCUUGGUCUAGCGGGUGCCCAGAAAGGAGAGCUUUUCUGGAAUGACAAAGUCACGUACAUCAAGGCUCAUGCGUACCGCAUCACUCCUCUUGCCCCAACCGGCGCUCUCUCCGUCGACGGAGAGAUUUUCCCCUUUGAGGAGUUCCAGGUCGAGACCCACAAGGGGCUGGCCCAUCUGCUGAGUCCGCACGGCUACUACGCGGCCGAUCUGGCGCCUCGCCGGUCCUAGAGCAUGCAGUAUCAUACCCGUAUUUAUAGCCAACCAUUGACCCAAUCGCGCUCCUCGUAGUCCUUGAAGAACGCGCCAGUGAUGAGCGGUGUUCGUAGAAUGGGAUUCAGCACGCGCGCUGCUCCAUCUUCCCAGGCCAGCGGAACAUCUCGUUCAGGCAGGCCACUCUUUCCCACGUGAUUUAUGCUGUGCUGGUGACUCAGAUAGCCUGGAUCCACAGCGUUGAUGUAGAUGUUCUGUGUCUUGAAUUCCUCUGCCAUCGUCUGCGUGCACAUGUUCAGUGCAGCUUUAGCCAUAUUUGUAUGAACGUGGGUCGCAGAGCGCCUGUUCCAUUCCUUUUCGAACAUCCCCUCGCGGGAGGACACAUUGAUGACAUGGGUCGGCUCGUCAUGGAGCAUGUCCUGGAUCAGCUCGCGCAUUAAAAUGAACGGAGAGACAGCGUUCACCGCAAGGACGUCCAGCAGUUCUCCGUACGUGAAUUCAUUGUAGCGCGCCUCCCAGCUAUUACGAGCGGGAGCCGUGAUCAGUGAUUUGUCGAUGACACUGAGACUGUGUGAGUCGACUGCGACCAGGGAUCCCUCGCCACCCUUCAGCAGCGCUUGCUCCUUUUCAGGGAUGGGCACAGUCUGAGCAGCGUUGUUGAUCAGAAUAUCCAGCCUUCGAGAAGAAAUUACGCGGACGGCCUCCAGCAUCCCCUGAAUCGACCGAGGGGACGUGAAGUCGGCUUGAAUGAUCUUCAAACGCGAGGACCAGACACCGAAAUCGGACUCGAGCGAGUACCGUCGAAGAGCGUCUUCGGGAAAUCGCGUCGUGACCAUGACAGUCUCUGCCCCACCACGCAGCAGGGCUACAGCGACCGAGUAGCCCAGAUUGAUGCGGCCACCCGUCACCAACGCGGUUCUCGUCGAGAAUAGCGUCGGGGCAGCGAGAUCGCUUCUUCGCGCGGCAUUGAAGGUGCGACAGGGCUCGCACAAGCUUGGGGAGUCCGAUGAGAUCUGGAAAUCACGCUGGCGACGGCUGCUCGAUGAGAACGUUACAUGUGAGGCGACAUAACAGGCGCGCGCAGAACGGACCAGAUGUAACAGCGACCGAACAUCGUCAGGCCCCGCAUCUUGGGCUUCAUGUACCGCCCUGCUCCGAUGUCCUUGGCCAAUAUUCGGAUCUGCGUGCCCGUUUCCAUGGGCAGUCCGCCCAAGCCAUGGAGCUUGAUGUGUUGCAAGACUCUGAGUGCGGUUUGCGCGUCCUCUGAUGACACUACGGGAGAGGAGGACUUGGACAUGAGAGGUGAAGCUUCCUACGACGCAGAGCUAGAUACUUCGGGUAUCGAAUCUCAGUGCAGAUCCUAGAUGACAUUGAAAUUUGACAGUGCGCGAGAAAGAGUCAUCACACGCAUCAUGUGAUUGAGGACUCUGAUUAGAUUAUCG